AUUGUGUUAUGUAAGAAAUUAGAAUUGCGUAUUUCAUUUUUUUUUCUUGCAUUCUCAUCUUUUGUCAAUAUGCAUGUGCCGAGAUAUGUAUUUCUCAUGACAAUGAUGAAGAUGGAAUAUCGUACUGCCUGAGACGAAACCACCAGCGACGGCGCAGUGUGAAACGAACAGCACGAAUUGCGACGGGGUUGCUACGCCUCCCAGCUUUAUAGAGAGGGUAGUAGGUAGCCCUACUAGCCUGGCAUCGUUCUCGCUACCGACGUCGUGUUGUGAUACCGAUCUACAGUUUUCGUCGCAGUAUUGACUUACGGGACAGAUAUAAAACGCAUAUUAUAUAUCAAUUAUCAAUUACGAUACGCGACAUCCUGUGAGAGUACCGAUGUGUGUGCAACGCGAGACUAAUGUUUAAACCGAUGAUGCGUUCGCGGAGAGUGAAACGCGAGGAAAAACUGAUUAGUGCGUCUCUUUUGAGCUAAGAAUAUCCUCUUGUAGGGAAGAAUCUUUAAAAAAUAAAAGAAGAAAACACGCGUAUACAAACAUAAUUCCAAAUACAGAGAUAAAAAACACGCUUUAUAAAACGUUGACUCGAUAUUAAACAAUAGAUACUUCCGAAUUCUUGCAGAAUGUACGUGAACUAUAAGAGAAUUUUGAGAAAAAAAAGAAAGAGUAAGAUGGACAGCUCUCAUGUAUGCGGAGCAAAUAAAAUCGUAAAUACAGCUUAGAUGUGUGAUUGAAGGUAUAUCUGAAUAUACUAGAAUUUUUUUUAGAAUCAUUCCACUUUAAAGAACGCGAGCUGAAGUUUUAAUUGCUUGGAAUGCAAGUAUAUUGACCGAUUACAUUGUUGAUACAUUUCUCAUUGUUGAAUGAUAUAUAAACCAACUUCAGCUAUUUACAGAACUUUGUUGUUAAAUCUGUUAUAAAAUAUUUCUCCAAAAACGAUAAUGUUCUUCAAACGAUAAGUGCGUAAUACAACACGAAAGAUACAUGUAUGUUGAUUGCUAAUUUUCUGAUAAUAGUUAUAUUUACACGGUUAAUUACAUACCUAAUAGAGUAAGUAUACGUUAUCAUGACAUAUCGCGUGAAAUAAUCAACGGAGAAAAAAAUUAGUGCUGGCAAAAGUAUUAGUAAAAAUUGAACUCCGAUCGAGAGACAAUGUUCACAUCGAAGAAACAACUUCUCAGCAUCAUCUUCUGGUGCGUCGUCAAAUGUGGCGGUGAACGUUCGAUAGUAUAGAUAAUAAAUAAUAUGGCGUGUCUUGGCUCGCAGUCGAUAACGUCAAGGAUCGAAAGGCAUGUCAACGAUUCUAUAUAAAAAAAAGAGGCUAGACAACAAAAAUACAAAGAAACUUCUCAAAGGACGAGGAACAAAGAAUUACUGAAAGAAGAAAAGUAGCAGACAAUCGAAUUACAGAAACAAAACAUAUAUUCUUCAGAUUGAUCCAAAGAAUUUGCAAAAUUUUUGAAACAGUUUUUGAGUGAUACAGUCUAUAUUUGUACAUAUGUGGCAAGAUUAGACUAAAAGUUUUCUUUUAUGUCUAAAACAACUAAAUUGUGAUGCUUUGAAAAAUUUAAAAUAUUAUUUUCUAAGGAUUAAAAAGAACUACUUAUGACUCGUAGUUUUUUUAGACGAAGAAGAAAAAAUGUCUUCUGAGACAAGGAGCCGGCUAAGAAACGUUGAAAGAAUAAGUCAAGAUAAAUCGGAAAUGAAGAAUGGCGCCAUGUUUUAAGGUAGUAUAAUAUCUGUAUCAAAUACAGAGAUUGACAAGAGGAACAAGAGACACGGGAGUGAGGUCGCGACGAUUGGGAAAUAAAGAUAACCGAGAAGAGCGGCAUCAGGUUGAUACACGCAAAGUGGGGACGUUGCAGAAAUGGGUCAAGAGUAUCUCGGCAAUAGCAGUAUAUCAGCUUCUACUUGACUGAAAAAUCAGCGCGAGUGUGAUAUCGAAUACGUGCUUAAUGUGCGGAUUAAAUUUGACAAAAGAAAAUGAGAUAGAGCUAAUUGUUGAGAUAAUGUUAGUAUAAUCGAAACAUGUUUGUGCGCCAACGUGUAAAUUUUACGUUACAUAACUGUUUCGCGAAAUUUGUGAAAAACUAAAACAAUGUUUUCUUUAAAAUUGUUACAAAUGCAUAAUGCAACUUAUAAGUGAAGCAAGAUUUAACACAAGUGGUAUUAAUUGAAUGAUACUUUUACAACUGACCACAAUAUAUUAUUAAUUAUAUUACGAGAUUGCAGGACAUUUUAAUCUCAAAAUUAUCAAAACAAAAGACCUUUCAAUACAAAACGAAGCAUAAUAAUGUCAAUACUCCAAAGAAGUAACAACUUAGCGGACGUAAACUAGCCAGAGGUCAUAACGGGGUCAUAAGAAGAGAAGACGUACGCGAACUCGAUGCACCCAACUUGUCGCGCAAAAAAAUGUAUCGUUUAUCGCGCAUUCGGUUGUCAUCGGUCCACGUGCUGAAGCUCGCGCGUCGUCGAUGUAAUCACAUCGUCGUCGUUGUCGCGGCCGUUUUUUUCGGAGAGACGUAGUCGUCUGCUCUCUCUCUUUCUCUCUCUCUCUCUCUCUCUCUCUCUUUUGCCGAGGGAUCUGACAAGUACUUUAAUCAUUUUCAUGGUUUACGGAGCGCGCAGAGUUACGGACACAGCAACCACCACGGGAAUCACUUGGCUUCGCAACACUACUGCUCAAGGCGAAAUGAGUAGCAGCGGUGGACUCGGCGUCGGUGUCGGUGUCGCCGGCGGUCCGACUCUCGCCGCCGCUCAACAGGGUCAAGGAGUGGCCGCACUUCUGGUGAUGCUUGCUGUUCUCUGCUUCAUCUUCGCGUAUUGCUGCUGGGGUGCGCCCUUCUGCCGAUCUCUAUGCAGAAAGUACUGCUGCUGUCGUCUGGAGGAUCCUGAGCCGGAUCCGCGAUUCGGAGGUAGCGACCAAGCUAUGGUGGCAACGCCGACGAUCAUCCUUUUGCCACACGGUAGAAUGCUCGUCGUUGACGGCACAAUUUUCACGCAAUUCCAAACCGAUCCCACAGGUUUAGAUUUAGUAGAACUAGGUGAUAAUGUGUUACGAGCACAGAGAAAUCCACGAAGCUUGAAUCGACAUCAACUGCAGAGCAGUCAAGGUAGCAUUCUCGAAAUGGAUGCCGAAACACCAAGUAAAGAUAGCUUAGGAUCUGUCGGUUGUUUCCCGCCGCCUACUUAUGAAAGUAUUUAUGGCAAAGAAGAAACCGACAUGCCUCCCUCUUAUUCUGACAUUCUUCUGCACAGAUUUGCAAAUCUACCCCAUGAAAUUGACAUGCACGGCUACUGCCGCGAUGGCAAGGAGGAGAUCGAAAUGCAGAGUUUGGAUGGCUGUCCGCACAUCAUCAGUAAUCCGCUAAACUCAAUGCCCGGAUAUCAUCCUUACGCUACAGUGACGAGUUUAUCUAGUCUACAGAGUUAUCCUCGGCGGAAUGUCUCGCGCAAUCCGUCCAUCAUUAGUAAUCCGCUCGACAGUUUCUAUGUGGACAACGAGCUCGGUCUUUAUCGACUCAGCCGAGAGACAAUGCCGCGAGUUUCCAGCAACGACGCGAACCUCGAGACUUUUCGCACAUCCCACGACGAGAUGCUGUUCCGUGUUCCGCUCAACGAAAACGAGAACCAAUGUAACACCGGACGCAAUAAUCACUCAGUUAUCGGUAACGAGCUAAUGAACACAAGGAAUCGCGCUCGUAGCGCCUCCAGGUUGAGCCAAGAUAGCCGCAGGAGUUCAUUGAAUCACGAUAGAGAUCCGCAUCAGAUCUUCGUCAGGUUGUCCGAUUCCGAAGAAAUCGAGGCUGCGCGAGAUAGGCGCGUCGACGAAGACCAGCGACUACUUGGAAUGUAUCGCGAGGAUCAGAACGUCAGGAAUCUGCGGUUGGAUCGCUCCCAAAUGCAGCAUGAGAUCAACCGUAACGUUGACAACGAUUCCAGAUAUUUUGCAAGAAACAGACGGCUAAGCGAUGAAAAUAGAAAUCAGGACGAAGCUGAAGCGGUUCAAUAUCACGACGAAGAAGCUGGUAACUUCGGCGCGCUCGCUGAUAUUCGUGAAAGCAGAGUGUAAUUUGAAAUUUACAUUAAUUGUGCGUAAUUUUUAAAUAACUAAUAAGGAGACACUUUAAGUCAAAUCAAGUUGUCAUAUUUUAAAUGAUUAAAAGCACAUAUGUUCGGUAAAUAAUCGUAUCGUUUAAAAUUGAACAACGAUGUUUUGACAAGAUCUUGAAACGUUUUUGCACAUAGCAAUUAUAUUAUAUAAAAAAAACAACCUAAAUCUUUUUUGAGAAAAGAUCUAACUAGAAAUGAAAAAAAUUACUCAAUAAAUUAUACUACACAAAAUUCUUUUUGACACAUGUUGGAAAAAAAACAUAAAUAUCAAAUACUUUGCAACAUAAAAACGUUUUUCCUGUAGGAAUUUAAUGAUUCAAUCAAUUCAAUUUAAUGAUUCAUCAUCAAAAAUAAUAAGUUAAAAAAUGAAUUAUUAGCAAAGUUCUUUCAAUCCGUCCAGGAUUUUAUAAGCGCAUUUAAGUUCUACGAAUAUAAUAAAAUUUAACUUAUAAUAUAGUUUUCUUUCUUCUUGUAUUUUAUAUGUAAUUAAGCUUACUGUUGAACGAUUGUUUACUUCUUGCAUCAUUUGUAGACUGUAGCAAUUUUGCGAUUUUUAAGUGGGUCUAACCACAUAUUAAAUGCACUUAACAAUUCUAACACUUACGAAAAGAAACGAUAAAGCUAUAAUAAUUACAAUAAGUAAUACAGAAAGAAAAAUAAGACAACGUUUAUAUUAAGAAGAAAGAAGGCUGAAUGAAAUGUAUCGCCACAUUAACAAUACUUUAAGAAACAAAAAGCUGGAUAUUUGUUACAACCAGAACAAUAGCGAAUACGAAAAAUAAUAAAUCGUACUUCAAAACACCAAUGGCUUCAUACACACUUCUUAUAUACACGUCAUAUGAAAAACUAGAAAACAAUACAAACUGUACGCGUUGUCAUUGUUAUCGUGCAUCAAAAAGAAAAAUCAACCGAAACAAAUCUGAAAUAUAUGUAUAUAUACAUAUAUUAUAUGUAUAUGUACAUAUAUUAUAUGUAUAUGUACAUAUAUGUAUAUGUACAUUACUGUGCCUUCCUAGAGAUUAUUUAGAUUGCUACAUAAAUAGUGGACAACGGAGUUUCCGUUACGUUAUUAGUUAUUAUUUUGUUUUUUUUUUAAUUUUAAAUCCGACUAAAGAUAGAAUCUCUUUUACAAGAUACAAUUUUAUCUAAAAACAAUUUCCUCAAAUACAAAAUAUAUCAUUUCUUUUAACGAAAAAAAUAUAUACAGGGUAUCCCAAAUAAAGUGUUACAAGCUGUUUUCUCAGAAUCUAAUAAAGAUAUCAACAAAACUUUUUUUAAAAUUAAAUAGUUCAGUGGGGCUAAUCUUCUAGUGUGUAACAGAUUUUGUUUGGAAGCAAAUGCUAUAAGAGAAAGGGGGCCGCCUAACAUUUUUUUAAACGGAAAGUGGUAUUAAUUUUUUGUUAUUUUAAUAGUUGUCAUCAAACUAAAUAACAUUUACUUCAACCAUUGUUUCUUUAUCGUGCAUAGUUGCGGAGUUUUCGCACAAAUUUGUUGCAAUGAGAAACAUUGGAAAAGCAAAAAGAAAGAAAAAAAACGAAAACUGUCGUUAGUAGUUUCAUUUUAUUAAGUGUUUAAAAUGAUGUCCUUGGACUGCUAAGCACUUAUGAAGUCUUUUACAAAUACUCGCUCACAUUUGAUAACAUUGAAGGAGUAACCGAUGCACACGCAUUUAUUUUCAUGUCUUCUGCAGUUGUAAGAACAGUUACUUUGUAUUUUAUGUAACUCCAUAAAAAGAAAAUAAACCACUAACGAUAUUUUUCGUUUUUUUCUCCUUUUUGCUUUCUCAAUGUUUCUCAUUGCAACAAAUUUUUCGCGAAAACUCCGCAAUUAUGCACAAUAAAAAAAUGGUUCAAGUAAAUGUUAUUUAGUUUGAUGAGAGUUAUUAAAAUAACAAAGAUUAAUACCGCUUUCUAUUUAAAAAAAUGUUGGGUGACCCCUCUUUCUCUUAUAGCAUUUGCUUCUAGACAAAAUCUGUUACACACUAGAAGAUUACUCCUACUGAACGAUUUAAUUUAAAAAAAUGAUAUCUUUAUUAGAUUCAGAGAAAACAGCUUGUAAUACUUUAUUUGGAACACCCUGUAUAUAGAAUUUAUAUAUUGUACAUAUGUUGUUACAUUUAUGAAAAUUUAAUAAACUAACUCGCAAAGCAUAUGGAAGGCAAACCCUUGGUAGAUUAUGUGGUAGAUUACAUAAAUACAUAUAUUAUUAAAUUAUUUCUAAUAUUUAAUUCAAUUUUAAUAUAUAUU